GUCAACGCGAAACUCCCGUCGGUGGUAUUCGAAGUUUCGCCAAAUUUCAUGGGCGAACGACUGGGACACGGAAGGGAUAAGAGUGAGAGAAAAUUUGGAUUUUAGUGGACUCAGCGUUUUAAAAUUGUUUGUCGUGUGGGUGGAUUCGCAGAAGCGACAACGACGACAAGAAUGAGCGAGCUUGUUUGGGGAAUAAAGAACGGCGAUCUCGAGCAAGUGCGAGAUAUCGUCGAGAACAAGAAUAUUGAUGUAAAUCAAAUGAUUGAUGGGAGAACACCACUACAUUAUGCGGCGGACUAUGGCCAGAGUGAGGUUGUCAGAUACCUGUUGGAAAAAGGAGCAAAUGCUAAUGCAACAGAUAAGCAUGGAAUCACGACAUUGCUGGCAGCAAUUUGGGAAGGACACACAAACUGUGUGAAACUGCUGCUGGAAAAAGGCGCUAAGCCAGAUGGCUUAACGCCGGAUGGCACGAGCUACUUGGAUGCAGCUGAAAAAGAUGAGAUUAAACAGCUCUUGAAACUCCACUAGCAUAAAACCAAACAAAAUCAAGCGAAAUCAUAAUUUUGUUACUUUAGUAUGUUAAUGUUCCUCCUUAUAGAGAGAAAGAGAGAUACAGGGAAAGAAAGAGAGUGAGAAAGAGUAUUCUACUCCAGCUUUGUUUUUAUUUCUCGCCUAUGACGACUAGGGUAUCGUAUUUAAACGCUCUAAAUGAGUAUAUAGAUAUGUGGAUGCUGUUUUAUAAUAAUAUGAUAAUAACAAUUAUAUUGCAUGUCGAGAGAGUGUAUGAUAAAAGAGUUCACAUUUAUUCUUGCGAUAAUUAAUUGAUGGUUCUAAAUACACGUAUAAGUUACGAAUUUACGAUGACAAGAGAGAUAUUAUUAUUCUUCGCAACUAAGAAGACAAGUUACGAAAGUUAGUUUAGUUUAAACUUUACAGUCGUAUGAUAUACAUAUAAAUGUAUUUUGAUAUAUUUUAUAAAAACAGUAAGCGGCUUUUACAAUUGUUUGUUAUUAAUUUAUAAAUCCUGAGAACUUUUUUAUACAUUUUUACGUCGUAAAUAUAUAUUCCAUUUUAUACCUGAUAUUUUUGUCGCGGUAGAUUCUCUGUAUAUUCUUAAGCAAAGUGCUAAACUCUCCUGUUGGGAUUAUUCGUCUGCUAAGUUGAGUUUUCCAAACGAGAUAUUUUGUAUGUGUAAAUUGCGAUAAAAAAAAAAAAAAAAAGUAGUUUACAUUUGUAAUGCUAACGUCGUAAUGUGUUUAACGAAUGCUAAGAAUGUACAAUAAUCAAAAAUAAUAAGUAAAUACAUAAUUGUUAUGAACAUUG